AAAGGAGGUAAACUCUCCCACAUGACCAUGCACAAACAUGAGACGACUCUCGUUAAAUAAGUGACGUCAUCCGAAGAUUUCUUCAUUAAGGACCUCAUCAAGGGCGCGCUCCCGAUGUUUGUGCGCGCGCACGCCUCUUGACAGGUACACACUUUAAAGUCCACUGCUUUGCCUUAAUGUGCAAUUUUAACCACCAACAAAAAUCAUCGUCUUUCUCCUUCCAUCGUCUUAUCGAUGUUUAUUGAGGAUCAACUUGCCUGAUCGACUGUAACUCUUUGGAAUUUUCAAGAUAUAACCCUAUCCAAACCAUCAAUGCCUAAAUCAACAUGUGAUAUGUCUUGCAAUGAACACAUUGCUACAGUUCCUCUGCCCCACGGGGACAUGCAGCUUGUUCUCUCAUCCGAGAGUCCUUACAACAAUGGAUCCCUUUCUCCAUCACCAAACUCCUCCAGUAGUGUAUCGACUAAUAGAGAAACCAGCAGCUCACCAGACAUCCACAUGCUGGACCAUUGUAUCGCUGAAAGCUUUCUUUUGGAUAGCUUGCAAAUCACUCCUCCACGACAAGAUAAUUCUUCCUGUGACUCAGGCAGGAGGCUUUCCCAAACAUAUAUCAACACCCUUCUCGAAGAUCAUGUGAAUUUCUGCAAUAAAAACUCAAGGUCACAAGACAAUCAAGAGACUGAAGAGUACUUCUCUUUCAGUUGUAAUAAAGGGGAUGUUGCCUCUGUUGGGAUAACGGAAGAAAGCCAACUAAGUUCAUGUGACACUUCUCAGCAUGGAUCAACUGAGACUAACUGCUGCUCGAUGAGUUCUGAGGAAAUGGUGAUGAGGAGCAACAGUUUUUGUUUGGCAGACCAGUCCCUCUCUGUGUUUUCUUCCCUCGAUGAUUCGACCAUCUCACCAGCCAGAGCGCAUGCCGAAUUUCUUGAUGAAUCCAAGAUUUUGAGCACACUCACCUUGCCAGAUGUGUGUGAGAAUGCAGCUGAGGUGACCCUCGGGAACCCAUACCUUGGCAAGACCUUUAUCCUGGCAGACAACUGGGAGCUCCCUGAGGAAGACAAUUUGAGUACAGCACCCUCUUCUGGGGUUCGGCCAGGUGGAAAUCCGGGAGAUCUUUUUAUGACGUUUCUGUGCGGAGCCUCUCCUGAUGAUAAGAAACAGGUGCAAUUGACAUGCAUGGAAGCAGAGGUGGUACAUUUCUCUGCAGAAUUUACGCCAGAAAAGGGCACAAUCUUUGUGCCCACAAUGGCAGUUAUGCAAAAUAGUAAGGCAUCUACACCAGUACCAAACACUGUCACUAAAAUACUUCCCUCACAUUUAGAAUCUUCUUGCAUUGAAGAUAAUGAGAGGCCAAUAUCAUUACCAGCUGAAAAACAACAAACAUCUGUCACUCCCACACAGAAUUUGGCUGUAGGAUUAUCACCAUCUCCAAGCAAAGUAAAACAAAAUGAGAUUAAAAAAAUUCCUAAAUCAGACUUGAGGAAUGUGAAAUCUAAAGUUGUGACCAGAACUGGGGAUUCAGGAUCUUCUCCACAACACAAGCAAUUGCAAGCACAUUUGCACAGCAACCCCAUUGGUACUAGACAUACCAAUAGCAGAAUAGGAAAAGCUGCUGCCUUUUUGCCUGCCACUGCUAAAAGGGAAAUAAAUGUGCAGAAACAAGUUAUUCCAAAGGCUGUUCACUUAGGUGUGACAAUCAUACAGUCACCCGAUCAUACUGUUGGGAAUGAAAAAGGUAAAAGUAUCAUAUCCAGCCCAGCAAGUAAAAUUGCUCAAACACCAUGUUGCAGCACCGUCAGUUCUGAGAAAGCGCACACAGCUUCAGGCCAAAAAGUAGACAUUCCAGUUCAGUCCACCGGCGACCAAAAUUCAUCCUGUGAAAAACCUUCUGCUAAAAGUGGGCAGAAAGAUUCUGAACUGACUCCAAAGAAGCACAUGUCAAACAAAAUUGAGGUCAAGGCAGGCUCAACUUUGAGCUAUGUCAAGACAAGGCCUAGAUGCUCAUCAGAGAGUUUGUCAUCUCUACUUCGACCACCCAAGCAAAGGAAAGCUGCUAAGUUCUCAACCACCAUUGUAUUUCCCGGACAGGAAAAACAGAGCAAAACUGGGAUUUUAAACAACUCUUCCCAGAGUAAAGUGCCCUCACAGACUGAUGUCACAAAAAGACCUGCAAACGAUUCCCCCAGAGAAGUUAAUAAAAUCAGCCUGGUGACAGAACCUGGCAGAGCACCUGGGUCCUCUUUGGAUCGGACUAAGAGCAAAGCUCGAGGACAGACCGUUCCAAGACAAUCCCGAGCAACAUCCCUUUCCCAACCUCCAACUGCGAGUCAGUCUAUCAGGCAGAGACAAGGACCCAGUUCAAAUGUUGACUUCAGGGUGUCUAAAGGGGUAGUAGGCACACCACAGUCGAAGCAGAACAGUACUGCAGGCAGUCAAAGGACUCAAGCAACAGGAGAGCAGUCCUUUGCACCAGCCUCAUCUGCAAGUGUUAAGUACCAGCUGAAUGGAUCCCGGCCUGCUCAGACUCCGUCGCGCCCCUCUGUUAUGGGGCCGCUCCUUACUCCUGCCUCUAAACUACCUCGCAAGAUCUUGUUGACAUCCAGGAGUCAACAUGUAGGAACUGUUGGCAGUGACCAGAAUGAAGCUUCUGGAGGAACUCCACAUAGACAAACCCUUCUCAAGACUGUUGUACCAAAGCCAAGACUAAUUUCAAACCCUGUAAAAAACAAUGGAACAACCUCUGUCAAAAUGUGUUCUACAGUUGUACCACCUGCUAUUAAUAGCAACAAAGGAUCAUGUACCCCUUCUGUCACUCUAUUGAAAAGGCCGCUUUCUUCCCAAUUAACUCAUCCAACACCAAGCAGAACAGUCUAGGCAUGGAGCUUUUUCAUAACCUGGAGACCACCCUUAUUUUUCGAAGCUGUGACAUGUGAUUGGAUCU